CCCGCCGCCAUCGCGCUCAGCGCGCUGCUCGCCGCCGACCUGUGGGCGUCGCGCCGCCUCGGCGUGUGCGCCGCCGAGGGCUCGCCGUGCGCCGCCGCGCGGCCGCUGCUCCGGCUCGUCGAGGUGUCCGGCCACGGGCUGCCCUGGCUGCUCGGCACCGCCUACGGGCUCUGGCGCAGCGGCAGCGCCGCCGCCCGCGAGGUGCUGCUCAACCUGCUCUUCGCGCUGCUGCUGGACCUGGUGCUGGUGGCCGUGGUGAAAGGGCUCGUGAGGCGCCCGCGGCCCGCGCACAACAAGAUGGACAUGUUCGCCACCAUCUCCGUGGACAAGUACUCCUUCCCGUCGGGCCACGCCACCAGGGCCGCCCUCGUGUGCCGCUUCGUCCUGCACCACUUGGUGCUGGCUGCGCCGCUGCGCGUGCUCGUGGUGCUCUGGGCUCUCGUCGUCAGCCUCUCCAGGGUCAUGCUGGGCCGGCACAACGUGACGGACGUGCUCUUCGGGCUGCUGCUGGGCUACGCGCUCUACAGCGUGGUGCAGUACUGCUGGCUCUCGCCGCUCAGCGCGCCCGCGCUCUUCGCGCUCUGGAGCCACUGAGGGACGGGCCCGUCUUGCUCUACACACCACGUGCAGAGCGUGUGCCGGGGAUCAUCAGCCAACAUCCUAGAUCGUAUCUAUCCAGCCAAAACUAUGACAUUCGCGGUGCUGCACGGGGACGCUUGGCGCGGUCCUGCCCUGCCCGCGGGCUCCCGGGCAGAGGGCCCAGCCUCUUGGCUGCGCUGCCUGCUCCCCGGGGAAGAGCCCAGAGCCCCCCGUGGCAGCUCGCUGCCCACACUGUGACGCAGCUGCAGCUUGGCAGGCAUUGCAGUGAUUCGGUGGCUGCUCGCUGGCGCACGCGCUGUAAAUACACCGGGCCGCGCUGCGGUGAGCAUGCCCCGCACAGCCUGCUCUGCAACGCCAUGGCCAGGCUUCUCGCUGCCUUCUGUCCUCUCGGCUUUGUAAAAUUUCUGCCUUCCCGAGCAAUUCACGUGUCUUCCUGUUGCUCUUUGGUUCAGCGCUUCAGCGAGGCUGCACCUCGGGCUGGAAGGAUGCCGGCAUCUGGCUCGCAGGGCCUCGCGGAAAGAGAGGUCCAGGGGUUUGCUCCAGGCCCCACAGAGGCAGCAGGCGACCGGAGAAGCAGCUCCCAGCAACAACCUGCUCAUAAAGCCACUGCGCCUUCGCGCUCCUGGCUUCUCCAUGGGCUUUUCUGUCUCCCAAGGGACAAAGAAAAAAGAAAAACAAAGUGGUCCAACAAAGCAAUCUGUGUUUGUGUGUUAGCAUGUGUCCCAUGUACCACCAACCGUGUCCUGCAGCAUG